AUGGCCAUGCUAAGCGAGGGUGCUCAAAACACCCAGGCUUGUUUUCAACACAACGCAAGACGCCGGGUUGAAGUCAACCCCGUAAAUUCCUUAAACACUACUAGUGGAAAUCGCGACUCUCUGGAGUCUCUUCAACUUGAAUCUGCCUCACAGUCCCUUCCGACCACACCUCCGAGUCUGAAAGCUGCAGCUACCGUGUUCCAAAAGCAAAAUGGUUUUGCAUCGGAUACAGUUCCACCGCCAGUCGCGCCUCCAAAACCGAGCCAAAGUCCUGGUACGGCGAGUACAGUGGCAAAGGCAAAGGAAGUUGGCAUUAGCACCGUGGCCGGUUCAACGCCAGCCCUGGCAUUGUUUACAGAAUCGAGUCGGAGUGCCAGCAUGACGAAUACAGCAACCAGAAAUGCGUCAAAGAACGGCACUGGCACUUCGACCGGUUCAUCACCGGCAGCGCCUACAGAAUCGAGUCAAACUGAGUCAAAGGACGACAAUAACAUGACCAGUGCAACUGGGACCUCCAAUACUCAGGCUCAACCAAACUCGAACCCCGCAAUCGUUAGCGCCGGCCCGUUAAACAACUCCGAUUCCCAAAGAUUCAUCGUGCCUACUACCACAAUAACCAAGUCCUCAACGACGACCCAGUCUGAGCGGGUUGUCACUCAGACCAAUACUACUAAGGACACUGUCAUCGCAAGGUACAUACAUAAAUCACAUCUCUUUUUCGGUUUAAUCCGUGCAACCUAUCUGAUGUGGCGCUAUGGCGACAGAAACAGCAAAAAGAACACUCCAAUAAUUGCUGGCAGCGUCAUAGGCGGUGUGGCUUUUCUCUGCAUCAUUGCGUUCUGGGUGGUUCUAUAUUUCCGACGUCGAUGUCGGGGUCGAUGGCCUCUCAGGGAACGGGACACGGACGACGCUAUUUCGCCGUUCAUGAUCCCCUCUCGCGCUCAGGUUUUUCCGGUAAAGGGGUUCCAGGGUCAGAUGGAAAGGAUACAGACAGAUCAAUUGGUAGUUCAUGGACAUCAGAAUCGGAAUGUCACUGGCAGGUAUAAUGGCGAACAAGAAGUUGGCGGACAAAGCACAGAUCAUGAACAUGAAUCGGUCCACGGCACCGUGAGGAUUCCAAGCCCUCCGCCACCGUCUUAUAGGUCGUUACUUCCCUAG